AUGCGAGUUCCGGAACCGACGAUUUUGAUGCAGCAUGGCUGUGGAUUACCACUUUGGUUUUUGCCAUUGACAUCGUCACCACGUUCAACACGGCGUGUUGCUCCGCAGCAGCCUCCGGGAACACUCGAGACAAACAGAUGCCAAAUCGCAAAGCUAUACCUCCGAGGCUGGUUCGCAAUUGAUUUCGGGAGCACCGUCCCGUGGGCACAGAUUUCUGAGGCCAUGUUUACAAACGAGUCCUCGUCCUCCGUGACACGAUUAACGAAAAUGGUUAAGUUUAUCCGGCUACUGCGCCUGAUGCGGAUGCUUCGCUUGGCCAAGUUGGCUGUGAUUUGGGACAGGAUUGAAGCAAAGAUCGGGUCGAUCUUCUUGAUUCAGUGUAUCUCUCUUCUUCGGGUGCUGGGCGUUGUGGUGGCAAUGUGCCAUUGGAGUGCCUGCCUGUUCUGGCUCGUUGGUUUACCCACGAACCUUUUCACCGAGCUGAUGUCCGACGAGGGGCAAGCUUCGUACACUGCCGGGCCCCAUUGGACAACCGUGUGGAGAAAGCAUGAUGUGGACUCAGAGCCUUGGCGAUGGCUGGAUCGCAGCAUGUCGGAGACUUAUAUCUUCUGCUUCUACUGGACGUUGGGCGUGAUGCGAACGAUGCCGGCAGAGGUGACGCCCGUGAAUCUGCCGGAGAGGGUCUUCGUGCUGAUCUUCAUGUUCUUUGCUCUGUCGGCUUUUGCUAUCUGCAUCUCCAUGAUCACGCAGGCGUUCUUCAAGAUCUCCGAGCGCCGAAGGGCUUUCCAUGAAGAGUUCGCGGCUGUCCGCCUCCACUUGAGGAACUCCAAGGUGAAUGAGCAGGUGCAGGAGAGGGUCAAGACCUACUUGAAGUACCUGUUCAACCGGCGCCGGAUCCAGGCAAAGGAGGCCAACUUGAUGAACCAGCUCCCACAAGACAUCAAAAUGCAGGUGGUGCAGUGCCAGGUGAUGCACCAAGUGGACAAGCUACCUUCCGUCAACCGUCUCCACUCCUCCAUCCGCCGCAAGGUCUGUGAGAUUGCUCACACCUGCGACAUCAUGGCCUGGGAGACAGUCGUGCAAUCAGGGCAGCAUGCGGAAUCUGCUUGGGUCUUGGUUGCUGGGCGAGUUCAGCGAGUCGUGAUUGACGAG